AUGCCAAAGUUCAAUGAGCAAGCUUAUUUUGGGCAUGUCCAUUUAGAACUUGGUAUGGAGUUUAUGAAUCUGGACCAAUUUAAGUGUGCAGUAAAAGAUUACAAUAUCAGUCUUGGGAGGAACUUCGUAUGGGUUAAGAAUGACAAGGUGAGAGUAAGGGCCAAAUGCAGUGUAGAAGACUGUGAAUGGAUGGUGUAUUGUGCCUGGAACAAUAAGCAAAGCACAUUCCAAGUUAAGACUUUUAAAGAGACUCAUACAUGCUGCAGAGUCUUCAAGAAUAAAAGGGCUACAAGAGAUUGGGUGGCCAAGAAAUUGGAGAAGAGAAUAGUAACACGGCCCAAGAUGACAAGGACAGAGGCAUUUGAGCACACGAAGGAGGAAUACAAUGUGCAUUUGGAUAUGAAGAAAGUAAGUAAGGCUUUGAAAAAAGCAAAGGGGACCAUUGAAGGUUGUGAGAAGGAGCAAUAUGGAAGAUUAAGGGAAUAUUUGGCAGAACUGUUGAGGAGCAACCCUGGCUCCAGUUGCAAAUUAAUGUACAUCUGCCUUGAUGCUUGUAAGAAGGGAUUCAAAGCUGGAUGCAGGCCCUUAAUUGGGUUGGAUGGAUGCUUUUUGAAGGGCUAUUAUGGAGGUCAAUUAUUGAGUGCUGUGGGUGAAGAUGCAAACAAACAAUUCUAUGUGAUUGCAUAUGUCGUGGUUGAUAGUGAGACGAAGGACAAUUGGAAGUGGUUUCUGACAUUAUUACAGGAAGAUUUAGGGGACCAUGCAAUAUUUGGUUGGAACUUCAUUUCGAAUCAACAGAAGGUAAGUCCUGUUGUUGAUGAAGCUGUCCUUAGUAAUUCUGCUUGGUGA